GUCAAUAUUUUCUGAUGUCAUUUUCAAAUUCUUUGUUUUGAUAAAAAAAUUAAAAUACUGUAAAAAAACAGAAAAAUUAAUUGUUAAAAAUGGCUAGAAAAAUGGAGCCUGGAAGUAGUAAAGGUGUUCCAAAAUCGCCAGCUAUUGGAAUAGAUUUGGGAACGACGUAUUCUUGUGUGGGGUACUUUACUAAUGAAAAAGUACAAAUAAUUCCAAAUGAAGAAGGAAAUAGAACAACCCCGAGUUAUGUAGCAUUUACAGAUACUGAGCGUUUAGUAGGGGAUGUUGCUAAAAAUCAAGCUGCUGUUAACCCAGAGAAUACAGUUUAUGACGCGAAACGGUUAAUCGGCAGGAAAUUCGCGGAGACUACCGUCCAGCAGGAUAUACGUCAUUGGCCGUUCGAGGUAAUAAACGAAAAGGGCAGACCGAAGAUCAAGGUCCAGUACAAAGGCGAAACGAAAACCUUUUAUCCGGAAGAGAUCUCGUCGAUGGUGCUAAGCAAAAUGAAGGAGAUUUCGGAAAAGUAUUUGGGAUGCAAAGUGUCGAGGGUGGUCAUUACGGUGCCCGCGUAUUUCAACGAUUCACAGCGGCAGGCUACGAAGGACGCGGGCACAAUAGCCGGUCUCGAGGUUCUUAGGAUCAUCAACGAACCCACUGCCGCAGCGAUCGCUUAUGGACUCGAUAAAACGGAUGCACUUGAACGAAACGUGCUCAUAUUUGAUUUGGGUGGUGGAACAUUUGAUGUUUCGAUAUUAAGUAUUGACAGUGGUAUUUUUGAGGUGAAAGCUACAGCAGGCGAUACACAUCUCGGCGGAGAAGACAUAGACAACAGGCUGAUGGAGUAUUUCGCGAAUGAAUUCAAAAGAAAACAUAGGGUUGACGUUUUGGACAACAAAAGGGCGAAGCGCCGUCUCGUGACGGCAUGCGAAAGGGCGAAAAGAGCCCUAUCGAUAACCACUCAAGCGAACAUCGAAAUUGACUCCUUGGUGAACGGAAUCGACCUAUACAGCACCAUCACGAGAGCCAAAUUUGAGGAACUGAAUAACGAUAUCUUGAGAAGGACCCUAGAACCUGUCGAGAAGGCUCUCAGAGACGCGAAGCUUGCUAAAAAUAAGAUAGACGAAGUAGUACUGGUAGGUGGUUCAACUCGGAUUCCUAAGGUGCAACAGUUACUCCAGGAUUUGUUUCAAGGGAAAGAACUUAACAAGACGAUUAAUCCAGAUGAGGCAGUUGCCUACGGCGCAGCCGUCCAGGCUGCGAUCCUUACAGGAGAUAAAUCGGACAUGGUACGGGACGUUUUGCUCCUGGACAUAGCUCCCUUAUCGCUCGGCAUAGAAACUACUGGAGGAAUAAUGACGAAGCUGAUAUCAAGAAACAGUACGAUUCCUACAAAACACACGCAGUCAUUUUCUACGGUAUCAGACAAUCAAGCAACCGUUCUUAUACAAGUGUUUGAAGGAGAGAGAGCAUUGACUAAAGAUAACAACCUCUUAGGAAGUUUUGAACUUACCGGAAUACCUCCAGCUCCUCGCGGAUUGCCAGAGAUAGAAGUAACUUUUGAUAUCGAUGCAAAUGGGAUAUUGAAUGUAUCAGCUGUGGAAACAGCUACUUCAAAACAAAAUCAUAUUCAAAUAAAGAAUGACAUGGGUCGCCUGACACCAGAACAAAUUGAUAAAAUAAUCGCCGACUCUGAAAAACAUAAGGAAGAAGAUGAUCAGACCCGAGCGACGAUUGCUGCUCGAAACGAUCUAGAAGCUUAUGUUUACCAACUUCAAUCAAUUAUGAACGACCCGCUGAUAUCACAUCAGGUACGCGAUUCUGAUAAAAUCCUAGUGAAUAAAGAAUGCUCAGAAGCAAGAGCGUGGCUUUCUGAACAUAAAGAUGCAACUGAAGAAGAAAUAGUUAACCGAAAAAAAGACAUUGAAAACAAUUGCAAAACUGUAGCACUUCGUUUGUUUGCGCAAGCUGGAACCUUUUUGAACGCUGGAAGAGAUCAGAUUACUAACGAUAGGCAAUUCCCGCGGUAAUAUUUUAAUACCAUUGAAUAAGGAGAUGUAUUUAACUAUCUUUACGUCUAUGUUAUGAAUAUCUUUCCAUACAAUUAUGUA